UCAGGAGGACUUAUAUGAGAGGGGAGUGACUCGUUAUCCAUCUUUGGAGGCCGGGCCUCACAGACAGCGAAAAGAGAGGAAAGGGAGAGUGAGGGUGUGUUGUUUGAGAGUGUGAGGAGGGGCAAGAGAAGUGUUCGUCCAAACGUAAGGAGAGAGCGGACCCCUCUUCAGAGCACUACUGACAUUCCUUCCUCCAGCAUGGCGGUCAUCACAUCUGACCAAUGGCAGGCCAUGCUGGACGCAGCAGACGAGAGUCAGAAACCGUUCUUUCAAAAACUGUAUGAUGAUGUCGUACAGAGGGAAAGGGAGGCGGAGGCAGCAGCUAGAGCUACGAGUAUAGCUGCGCAGGAGGCCCUCCUACAGGUUCCGGAAACCAAUGCUGACCGGUUCCAGGAGAGGCUAGUUGUUGUCGUCGCAGCCUUGGUCUGGCUGCGGAACUUGGAAAAUCUCGAGUCCCGUGUGACAACACUUGAGCAGCGGAACCAAGAGCUGCAGGCUAAAGUAAAUAGCCUUGAACAGUCCCAACUGUCUGCCCCCCGCCCUCCUAACUCUCGAUCUGCUGUAAUCCAGUCUCUCAGUCCAACACAGCCCUCGUUCCAAGGGCCAGCGGAACUGUGGCAAGUGCAGGAACCGGUGCCAGCUCCUCGAGCGGCAGCACCGGCAAUUCUACACUGGUCACUAUCCCAAAUGCAGGGACUUCAGCCCAAAACGCCGCAGUUCUUACUGGCGUUCAGUACAGCGGUCCCAUGGUGGACAAGCAGGCGGCUACGCUGCCGUCCAAGUACGACGGCUGACAUCACCUCUUGGAUUAGUUCCAUGAGGUCAUACUUCGAGGUCAUGCGGACACCACAAGAGGACCGAAGUAUGAUCAUGGGGACUAAUACCAAGCCCGCCGUACGCAACCACAUUGAGCUCCAAGCUGUUGCUGCAGGCUAUGAGCACAUAGACCUGACUGAAUGGCUGAAGGUUACCCCUGUCCGCGCUCUUGAAGAUCUUCUCCUUGACCGGUAUCAGGAUAAACACGCUGCGCUCAAGGCUAGGCUGAAGCUUGAGGCCCUCAAAGGCCAAACAUGGAGGUCAUCCAUGCAAGCUUUAGAACAACACUUGACAGGUCUAUUCACCACUCCGGAUCUGGGGAUGACUGACGUGUCUUGCAUGGAUGUAGUCAUGGGAGUGACCCCUAAAGAAUACCUCUCCCUGCUAGCACUCAAAGACCAUGCUACCUGGCGAGAGCUCAUGAAGGAUCUAGUCAACCUAGAGGCCAAGGACCUCGCCAGGCACAAGAAGGCGCCCGCUGCAGGUGGGAAACCACAACGCAAGCRGUUGGGAARCAGCAACCAGCKUGCACUGCAUGACCAUCGGGAGGCUGAGGAUCAGUCCUAUGCGGAUGAUCUGUCUCUGGAUGACGAUCUAGAGCCGGACUCCGAUGCGGGCUGUUCUGCAUCAGCCAUUGAGUGUGACCGAAACGACGAUGAAAAACUUAAUGCAUUCAAGAAGACUGCUUCAAAUAAGGGGCCUAACCGUGGUUCGGGUGUGUGCAUCACCUUUGACAAAGAUCGCACUGUCACACAUGAGCUAAAUUUUUAUGUCUUGGACAAGUGUCCUUUCGACGCGGUCAUUGGCUUGGGCUGGCUAAAGGCUCAUUGCCUAAAGACCACGUGGGCAGACAAUCAGUUCGUGGUUCUCAAUGUUGAGGGGAACGAGCGUACCGUCUUAUUAGACGAGACGCGUGAGUCCCCUGUGACUCUUCUAAGUGCAAACAAAUUCUGCAGGUCAGUGCGCAGGCGCAAGGAGGCUGAGUUUGUACAUAUAGCUCUUGUAAAGCCUUUCCAUGUGCCUUCUACUUUUGCUGCAUUUUCUUCUUCUGAAGGUAACUCUACUACUUCUACUUCUGUUCCACCUACUUCUGCUGUAAAUAAUCAAUCUAAUUCUGAUCCGAAUGCCUCAAAACCGGUUGUGAUUGCUGUAAAUUCCCAAUCUGAUUUUCUCUCGCCUGAUGAGGAUGAUCCUCCACCCGAAAUCCCAGCAAACAUUCGCCUCCUAUUAGAUCGAUUCCCGGAAGUGUUGGCUGAACCGCGCGGAGUUCCCGAGCGUCCAGUCAAGCACAAAAUUGAGAUAAUAGAAGGGAGUGUUCCUCCAAAGGGCUGCGUCUAUCGUAUGGGACAAGGCGAGUUGGAGGAGCUGCGGAGACAAAUCGAUGACAUGAUUGACCGUAGAUGGAUUAGGCCUAGUGAGUCUGAGUUUGGUGCCCCUAUCCUGUUUGUACCGAAGAAAGGAGGCAAGCUCCGAAUGUGCAUUGACUGUCGUGGCUUGAACCGGAUCACUAGAAAGAAUGCGUACCCUUUGCCUCGCAUAGAUGAUCUGUUGGAUGCGGCCGGUGGUUGCAAGGUCUUCUCCAAAAUUGACCUCAAGUCUGGCUACCACCAGAUUGAAGUCGAUCCGAGUGACCAACACAAAACCGCGUUCAAGACAAACGAUGGGCUGUACGAAUUUAUCGUUAUGCCCUUCGGCCUUACGAACGCACCAGCCACAUUUCAAUCCCUCAUGGACAAGUUACUCUGCCACCAACUUAACAGGUUUGUGGUUGUGUAUCUUGAUGACAUUCUGAUUUUCAGCAAGACCUUGGAGGAGCACGCCAAGCAUCUUGAGGAGGUCUUGCAAGUCCUCAAAGAUGCUCAACUGCACCUCAACUUGGGGAAAUCUGAGUUUGGCAGGGACAGCGUCAUCUAUCUUGGGCACCGGUUGUCUGUGAGCGGCCUUGAGCCGGAGGCAACCAAGGUUGAGGUCAUCCGCAACUGGCCUCAACCGGCAAAUGUACACGAUUUGCGUUCUUUUUUCGGUUUGGCUUCUUACUACCAGAAGUUUGUGCCUAAAUUCUCAGUCAUUGCUCAUCCACUCUCACGCCUGACUAGUAAAAAUGUUGCCUACGCGUGGUGUGAAAAGUGUGAGACUGCAUUCCAAGCCUUGAAAGAGGCUUUGGUGAGUCAUCUUGUGCUCCGCAUUGCGGAUCCCAACGUCACGUUCGUAGUCACUACGGACGCGAGCCAGUUUGGGAUUGGUGCAGUGCUGCAACAAGAUGAUGGCGAUGGCCUGAGUCCGCUUGAAUAUUACAGCAAACGCAUGCCCAGCCACAAGGUAGCCACUUCCACAUACAUGCGGGAGCUCUACGCCUUGCGCGAGGCGCUCACUUAUUGGAAGCACUAUCUCUUGGGUCGCCACUUCAAGGUCUACUCAGAUCAUCAGACCUUGCAGUGGAUUAAGAUACAAACCGAUCUUUCUCCAACGCUGACCCGCUGGUUGCAUGAUAUUGAUGUCUUCAACUUUGAAUUGAAGCAUAAGAAAGGCUGCUAUAAUCGUGUUGUUGAUGCUCUAUCGCGCCAUCCUGAGUAUUUGACUUGCCUGUCGGAUUCGUACGACCUCCGCAGGAAACUGAAGGAGGAUCUGAUCGAACACACCGCCAAGGAUCCGGACCUUAAUCCCAUCCUUGAGCAACUUAAGGCUGACCCCAACAACCAGCCUGAUUUUCAUGAAUUCGAUGGUCUUGUAUUCCGCCGGUACGGGAAAUUUGAUCGCUUGUGUGUUCCUAACCAUGCGCCUCUCCGGACUCAUUUCCUGGAUUUGGCACAUGGUCGGAGUGGGCAUUUCGGCUUUGAGAAGACUUAUGGAAGUCUUCUCCAACAGUUUGAUUGGCCGGGAAUGAAGGGAUCUGCUCAGAAAUUUAUUGUUGAGUGUCAAUUCUGUCUGAGAACCAAGGUCCACAGGCAUAAGCCUUAUGGCCUGCUGAGACCUCUCCCAAUCCCUCAUGGCCCCGGGAAAUCGGUCUCUAUCGAUUUCACAGACAUGGGGAAGGUGAGUACGGCAGGGAAUUCACAAGUCAUGGUCAUUGUGGAUCGCUUCUCUAAAUUUCUGAAUCUGAUUCCUCUACCUCCUCAUGCACCGACUGAACUGGUGAUCGAAGAGUUUCACCAGCAGUACAUUCUGCAGUAUGGGCCCCCGAAAACUCUUGUGAGUGAUCGGGACACCAGAUUCAUCAGCAAGGAUUGGAAGGACUUCACUGCCCAGAUCUAUGACAUCAAACUGAACAUGACUUCAUGCCGACACCCCGAAGCCAAUGGAUUGGCUGAGGAAAUCAACCAGACCGUCACCCAGCUGUUGCGCGCAUUGAUUGUGCCAGAUCAGAACACAUGGGAUAAGGACUUGCAUAAAGUAAAGGGGYUGUACAACAACUCCAUCCAUUCUGCAACCGGUGUGACACCAAACCAGUUGCAGUAUGGAUGGCCAAUGCGCAAUCCCCUCUCCUACCUGUUCCCAGAACGGUCACCUGGUCUGAUGUCCGGCAUGCCUGGCUACAAUGCGAAGUACGCACGCUUGCUCAAAGAUGUGACCGCAGCCAUGAACAAGCACCAGCAUGCCAUGAUCAAACAUGCUAAUAAGAAGCGCAGAGAAGAGAAAUUCCAAGUAGGAGAUUAUGUCUGGGUCAAAAUGUCUGAAUUUCCUGAUGAAGAGGGUGUUUCACGGAAGCUUCUUCCACUAUACUACGACCCUUGGCAGAUUCUGAAAGUGAUUGGGGAUGAUUUCGGUCCUUCGUAUGUGAUUGACGUGCCGCCUCAUCUGCGCACGUACCUAGUCUUCCAUGCCUCCAAACUGUUUCCGCACAUUGAUGAUGAGACUUUUCCCUUCCGAGACCCUAUGAUACCUCGCCCUAUCGAUGGUGGCCAUGAGAUCGACAGAAUCGUUUCUCACGAAGGGAGAGGGNGACUUUUCCCUUCCGAGACCCUAUGAUACCUCGCCCUAUCGAUGGUGGCCAUGAGAUCGACAGAAUCGUUUCUCACGAAGGGAGAGGGAGGAACAGACAAUAUAAAGUUCACUUCCUCUAUCACCCGUUGAAUGAAUUUUUCUGGAUCGA